GUAGCGGCGGUAGUAGCAGCGACACGAGUCGCUGUCCUACGAUCAGCGCGAAAAGCUCUAGCGAGCGAUCCGCGUGACAGUCGUGUUGAGAUUGCGCCGAAGUCGCAGAGUGCCGACGACGACGACGACGACGAUGACGAUGAUGCGCGGCGAAGCGUCGCCCUCGCAAGUUUCGAGUCCGUCGACGUGCGGUUGUCAGUGAUAUUUUCGUAUAGGCCACUGGUGAAAUCUUUCGGGUACGUGAGCGUGUUCCUCGGCGUGCUCGUCAGAGAGAAUUCGCAAUAGGCCGGGCCUGUCGGUAGGAAAAUGGCGGCGCGCCUUCCGUGGCGGCGACGUCGCACGGUGAGGUGUAUCUGAGAAAUUGCUGCACGCGUGAAAUAAUCGUGCUGCUUCUUUGGAAAACCGCCACCACCCGCCUCUCCUCGUCUCGGGCGAAACGAUCGCUGUGCGGCUACUGCGUUCGAUCAGUGGAGAGAAAGAGAGAGAGAGAGAGAGAGAGAGAGACAGAGAAAGAGAAAGAGAGUAAUCGCGGCACUCGGCGUGGCCGGAGCGACGUUUGCUCCGGACAAUGUUGUGAGAACGGCGGCGUGCGGGAUACACGGCGCACGAACGACAGCGGUCAGUGGCAAACGCGGACGCACGGCAGUGCGUGCGUGCGUGCGUGCAGUGAUACGCGAGUUGCGGGUCGCGCACUCGUUCUCGGAAGCGGCGAGUGCUCUCGCGCGAGCGCUCUUAUGCGAGUAGUGAGCGCCGCGAAUCAGCGGCAUCGUCGGCAGCGGCACGGACAGCGGCAGCAACCGCGGUGACAAGUGUCUCCGUCGGCGAGGCGGCACCCGCUCGCCUCAUCCGCCCCGCCGCGGUCGCCGGAGGAUGAUACCGUCGCGACCGGCGGCAGCGGUCGUCGCCGCCCGCGAGUCUCGCGCGCGAUCCUGCCGCGACCGGCGUUGAUCCGCGGCGGCCAAGGCCGGCCGCCUUCCUCCACGACGGACGAUUCGUCGCGGAUCCGCGACAGCGGACUGCGCGACCACCACGGCGAACCACCACCACCGGCUGUUGCUCCAGCGGAAGCUCAGGAAAGAUGAGAGGCAUCCGCGACGGCGGCAUGGCGAGCCUCCUCGCCUUGGCGCUCCUCUGCUUGCUCCACGCCUCAUGCCCUGUGAACGGACUACUAAAGUGCUAUUGCGAUAUAUGCCCGGAAACGAAUUACACCUGCGAAACCGAUGGUUAUUGUUUUGCCAGUACGAGCCUGAAAAACAACGUCAUUACGUAUGCUCGGAGGUGCCUCGAUCAAAGCAACUGGCUGCCGCCGGAAGCACCCCGUUUCUGCAACAGCAAGCCGAGCACCUAUCUCUCGCGGAUCUGCUGCGAUAAAGACCUCUGCAACCUGAAUUUAUACCCAGUUUUAUUAUCUCCCAACUCGUCUGAAUUAUCUUCAGGAAUCACGAAGAUAUGCUACCACUGGCUACCCCCAUAUGUCAGGUGCGUGCUUAAACACCUGCCGCCAUCGCAGCCCGAACCGCGCAUCUUCUGCAUGACGAGCGACUCGCGAAACACGACCUUCGUCAUCGAGUGCUGCAACAAAGAGGAUUUUUGCAAUCGGGAUCUCAAACCUCUGCUACACCCUAGCAACAAUGAAGUAUCAUCAAGCGGUGAGGAUGCAACAUGGGUUACCUGGAAAAUGGCCUUGACGAUAGCAGUACCAAUAUGCGCGAUCUGCGUGGUUGUAAUGAUAUUCUAUCACAUAUACAUGACCAAAAAGAGGCCGGCUAGGCACUUUCCGGACGAUUCGCUGGAGGCUCCGGAUCGACCAAUUCUGGGCGGCGUCACUAUCAGGGACAUGUUGGAGAUGACUACGAGUGGCAGCGGCUCAGUAGGCCUGCCACUUCUGGUACAACGGAGCAUAGCGCGCCAGAUUCAGCUGGUGGAAACGAUCGGAAAAGGCCGCUUCGGUGAAGUCUGGCGCGGUCGUUGGCGUGGCGAAAACGUCGCCGUGAAAAUCUUCAGCUCACGAGAGGAGAGAUCUUGGUUCCGAGAAGCCGAAAUCUAUCAGACAGUGAUGCUGAGGCAUGACAAUAUCCUAGGUUUUAUCGCUGCCGAUAACAAAGAUAACGGCACGUGGACACAGCUGUGGCUGAUAACGGAUUAUCACGAGAAGGGCUCGCUCUUCGAUUACCUCAACAGAUCGACCGUCGACACGAACGGUAUGAUAAGAAUGGCCUUGUCGAUCGCCACCGGCUUGGCGCAUCUUCACAUGGAAAUAGUCGGCACGCAAGGCAAGCCGGCCAUCGCUCAUCGGGACCUGAAGUCAAAAAAUAUCCUCGUGAAGACUAAUGGUACCUGCGCCAUAGGCGACCUCGGAUUGGCCGCCAGGCACGACGUAAUCACGGAUACCGUCGACAUUCAGCUCAACAACAGAGUUGGCACGAAAAGAUACAUGGCGCCUGAGGUUCUUGAAGAGACGAUAAACAUGAACCACUUCGACUCGUUCAAGAGGGCCGAUGUGUACGCACUCGGUCUGAUCCUCUGGGAGAUCGCUAGACGUUGCAAUGUCGGCGGGAUUCACGACGAGUAUCAGUUGCCCUUUUACGACUUGGUGCCUUCCGAUCCAACUAUCGAGGAAAUGAGGAAAGUCGUGUGUACUGAUCGACAGCGACCGUCGAUACCGAAUCGAUGGCAAUCGAUCGAAGCUUUGCAAGUAAUGUCGAAAGUAAUGAAGGAAUGUUGGUAUCACAAUGCUGCCGCCAGGCUAACCGCACUCAGGAUCAAGAAAUCGCUCGCUAAUUAUGGCGCUAUAGACGACCUGAAAUAGAUUAAGUCGAGCUCUGUCGCUGAGCUCUUCGAAGGAAAAGCUACAAAAAUCGAUUGGAUUAUUUACGUGAACAUUGCUACUUUGAAAUUCGAUGCGAUAGAGCUUCCGGCAGAGUGAAGAAAUAUCUCGAGGAGUCGAGAAGAAUCUGGAACAGACUGGCUGAAGAUUCUUUCUUAUGUGAGACUGGUCUCGACUUUCGAGUAAAGUACUGUAUGAAUAGAAUUGAUAUCGCUUUGCAGAACUGUGAGUAGAGAAAUAGAAUGGAUUUUUAAGCGUAUUGAUCGUUUCGAACGAUUUGAACGUAGCGCGCGAGCUAUAGAAAGAAACAUUAUUUCAGUCCCAAUAUAUCGCGGCCUGAUGAUCGGUCACUCUGUUGAAUGGGUCAACAGGCAAUCGCAAUACACGUUCGGUUAAUCGAACGAUCGCUCAAUUAUGCUCCACACACAUUGACACACUGACACGUAAGAAACACAUACCGCUAUAUAUUUAUUACAAUAAUACUAAGAUAAUAAAGUAUACAAAUUUAUUAUAUAGCAACAUUUAUUGAUUAAUACUAAUGAUCAACAGUACUCGCAUAUACACACGUAUAUAAUUAUAUAUUACAUAUAUAUAUCCCCGUUAUCUUGGAAUAAUCGAUUCGAUUAACCGAACCAUAUACAAUUUGGGCGAUCUUAUAAACAAGUUACCUCAGUGAAACGAUCACUGUGCUCGCGCAAGUAUGCCGAUUCGUCGGAAGUAAUCGGAAUGUCGCACAAGAUUUAAACGUAUCAAUUUAGCUCCGACUGGAUGUAUUGGCAAAUUAUACGCGGAGAAAGUUACGACAGAAGAACAUUUUUUUAUCUCAGUUUCGAAGAUUUGUCGUAAAAAUUCGCUAUUUUAUCGCGGUGCGUGCAAAGAUUAGAAUUACAUUAAGAGCCUAUAUUAUGCAUCAUGUUAUACAAAAGAAAUGCAUCUUGCAAUGCAAUGUCUUUUGGUUUUUCUUUUUCUGGGAAAAAAAGUGCCGAGUUUGUCGAUAAAAAUGAUUAUACAGGGUAGAUAGGAAAACCGGACAACCGAUUGACAACGGUGUCCAAUAGAAUCAGAUAAUUUCAGAUGAGGCCGAUUUUAUCGUCAAAAACAAAAAAUUCUCUCGUGAAUGCAUUAUGCAUUAGUGAAUGCUUAUGCAUCUCUGACGAAAUUGACUGAUGAGACUGUUAACAAGAAUGUUCACCCUUCCUCUUGUGUGAGGUAUCGUGAAACUUUGGCACAUCGUCCGGUUUUAUUUGUCGACCCUAUACGUAUACUCUUAAUAUAGUAGAUACAUACGAAUGUUUUGCUCAAGAUGAAUAUUUUUGCGUAAUCAUACGGAAAGUGAGCGCAAUACGCAAUGAUACGAUAAAGAUUUUGAAGUGAGUUUUUUUUUUGUAAUGCAGGAAAGCUGAAAUUGAAAGAUUUAGCUCAAAAGCGCGCGUGUAUCAUGGCGUGAAAGAAACGUGAGAGCAUGAGAAGCGUGUGAGAAUGUAACGAAAGUUGAACUAGGAUUUGGUACAAGAAAAAAAGGAAAAGUGGAAACCAAAUUUGAUAAGAAAA